AAAACAACGACUCGGACAUAUAAAGGUUAAGGUCAUUUAACCGAUAAACGUGGUAGUAGACAAACCAAAUCCUGUUAGCUUUACUUUUUUUGGACUACAAUGGAGAAUUACAAACCUUUCCCCCAUUUUGGUACAGAUGCUACUCAUGCUGGUCAGGAUCCGGACAAGUGGAAAUGUAGAGCUGUCGUUCCUUUGAUUUCCAUGUCGACAACCUUCAAACAGUCGGCCCCUGGUGAACAUUCAGGAUUUGAAUAUUCUCGUAGUGGUAAUCCUACCAGGAACUGCCUUGAAGAGUGUAUAGCUAAAUUAGAAGGGGCUAAACACGCAAUGGUGUUCUCAUCAGGAUUAGCCUGUACAUCAGCUAUAACACAUAUGCUACAGGUUGGAGACCAUAUAGUCAGCAUGAAUGAUGUCUAUGGAGGUACAAACCGUUAUUUUAAGCAGUGUGCCUCCAGGAUGGGUAUAGAAACAUCGUUUGUAGAUUGUACUGAUCCAACAAAAGUCCAGAAAGCAAUCAAAGCCAACACCAAAAUGGUAUGGGUUGAAACACCCACCAAUCCCACAAUGCAGUUGGUUGAUAUAGAAGCUGUAGUAAAUGUAGUACGCAGUAAGAAACAGGAUAUCUUUGUAGUGGUGGAUAAUACCUUUAUGUCAUCAUGUAUGCAGAGACCAUUAGAUUUUGGCGCCGAUAUAGUGAUGCAUUCUUUAACCAAAUACAUGAAUGGUCAUUCUGAUGCAGUAAUGGGAGCCUGUGCAACAAACAGUGAUGAUAAGGCGGAUAGACUGAGGUUUUUACAGAAUGCUUUUGGACCAGUCCCUUCACCAUUUGAUUGUUUCCUGGUUAACAGAGGCCUGAAAACUUUACAUGUUAGAAUGAGGGAGCACAUGAAGAAUGGUUUAGCUGUAGCAAAAUACUUAGAAAAACAUCCCAAUGUUGAAAAAGUCAUCCAUCCAGGCCUAACGUCACAUCCACAACAUGAACUGGCUAAAAAACAAAUGAGAGGGUUCAGUGGUAUGGUUACUUUCUUUAUCAAAGGAGGACUGGAGAAUUCUAAAGCUUUCCUUCAAAAUCUCAAGGUAUUCACCCUAGCUGAAAGUUUAGGAGGAUUUGAAAGUUUAGCUGAACUUCCAUCUGUUAUGACACAUGCCUCUGUACCAGAAGCAGAAAGAGCUGAGUUGGGAAUUUCAGACCAACUUAUACGACUGUCUGUAGGAAUAGAAGAUGAAGAAGAUAUUUUAGAAGAUUUAAAACAAGCUCUUAAGGCAGCUGCAAUGGUAUAAACUCCUUUUUUAACAACUUGGGGAACAGAUCUGCAUUCCAUAGUAUACCUUUGUAGAUAUAUUAUUAAUUUAUCAUCACAACUGAUUUUUUUGAGGAUUAUCUUCUAAAAAAAAAACCAUCAUUUUACUGUAUUACAGAUUAUACUUAAGAUUGAAAUUUUUCUCUUUUGGUAAAAUAAUGUAUAUUGCUCAAUUUGUUAUACAUUAGUCCCAAAUCUGUGCUGUGCUGUUAUACUUUAUAAUUGUAUAUACUUUGUGUCAAUUUCUAAGGACAUAAUUUGUGUGGAUGUCUCUGUUUGAAAUAUUCAUAUUUGAAGAACAGUUCCAAAAUUGGAAAGAAACCAAAACAAUCAUUUGAAUCAAAAAGUGAAAUUGGAGUUACACUAUGCCAUAAGGCUUCUAUACAAGUUUCAUUGAAAUCCAGUAUCUGGUUAAGGAGUAGUUGUAAAUACAAAGUCCUGAUUGACAAACUAAUGAUAAAAAAAAUGAAUGAACAAACAAAGGAACAGACAGAUGGACAAAAGGACUAAAACAUCUAUAUAUAUUACUAUUUAAUAAGUAAAUUAUUAUACAUGUAAUUUAAAAAAAGAAAUUUGAUUUUGUAAUCCAAUCAAUCAUUGAUCAAUGUCAGAAUUUGAUCAUGUCACUUGAAAUUUUAAGAGAUUCCUCAUAUUUUAUAUAAUCAGAUCUGACUUACUUUCUUUACGUACAAGAUUUGAUAUAUCUUUUCAAUUUAAAACAAAUAAAAUCAUUUAUAUAUGAUCUUUUUAAGUAUAUUUUUACAAAAUCCUUUUAUUGUGCAAUUGUAACUUUCACUAUUCUAAAUAGAUAUUUGAUCACAAUCCCAAAAAAAAGAAUUCAACAAUACCUGCAUUAUUUUUGUUGUAAGAAUCUCGUACUUGUUAGAAGCAGUUUGUUUUUUAUCUAUAUUUACCAAAUUGAGUGAUUGUUUAUCAAAGUAUGAAAUGACUUCAUUUGCGUGUUUUACAUUUAAUAAGUGCUAGAAUUGUAUCAGUUAUUGUAUUUAAUAAAUGUUUUAUUCAA